UGAAAACAUGGCGCAGUGCAUAACUCGAGUUUGCAGGAAAACAGCCUUACCGGAUAUGCACAGGCUGCUGUUGGCAGCUAGGCCACAGUGCUGUGGCAGCCGUCGUGCCCAGCACAGCCCGGGCACCUCGCUGAAGUAUGUGCCACGCCGUGCCAUCCUCUACGUUCCAGGCAACGACGAGAGGAAACUGAGGAAACUGAGUUCCCUCGACGUGGACUGCGCCGUGCUGGACUGUGAGGAUGGAGUGGCCCUCAACAAGAAGGCAGAAGCGCGGGAGACCAUUCCAAAGAUGCUGGCUGAGCUGAAUCUGGGUCGCACAGAGAAGUGUGUACGGGUCAAUUCAGUAUCCAGCAACCUGGCGGACGAAGACUUGUCGGUCAUCCUGCGAGCAGAGGUCUUGCCCUCUGCCCUCAUGCUUCCCAAGGUGGAGGACACUGGAGAGGUCCAGUGGUUUGUCGACAGACUUGAGCAGCAUUUAAAAGACAGAAACUUGGCAGAGCCCAUUCGUUUAGUCACCUUUGUGGAAACCGCCGUGGGUCUGCUAAAUUUGAAGGCAGUGUGUGAGGAGUUUCGUCGGCUUGGGCCGAAGGCUGGUGUGCAUCAUGAUGGUGUGGUCUUUGGCUCUGAUGACUUCUGUGCCAGUAUAGGUGCCACACGGACUAAAGAUGCCAGAGAGCUCCUGUAUGCUCGUCAGAAAGUGGUGGUAACAGCGAAAGCAUUCGGGCUGCAAGCCAUCGACCUUGUUUACAUUGACUAUUCGGAUGUGGAAGGGCUUCGGGGGCAAGCCAGAGAGGGCGCUCUGAUGGGCUUCACUGGAAAGCAAAUCAUCCACCCCAACCAAAUCAAGGCAGUGCAAGAAGAAUUUUCACCUAGUCCUGAAAAAGUCCAGUGGGCCAGGGAUUUGACUGCCGCAUUCGAGAAGCACCAGAAACUGGGAAAGGGUGCAUUCACUUUCCAAGGCAGUAUGAUUGAUAUGCCAUUGUUAAAGCAGGCCCAGAACAUCAUCACCUUGGCUUCUGCUAUCCCACAGAAGUAAGCCAAAGCCUGAACACCACCAGGAUGACUGAACAUCACCUUACCCAGGUCCCCAAAAGACCAGUUCUGAACAUCUCCGAGAUGCGUUUUCUCUUCAGAUUUUUGGACUUUGCGAUGACCAUUUUGAAACACCAGAUCGGUGGUUCAAAAAUAUGUACUGGCUGAUA